AGGCUUAAUACGCGACGCCAGAGGAAGUGAAAUGGCAUAUGGGGAAUUGCUAUUGCGAUUUAAAUUUGGCAGGGUCGUAACUCGUAAAACACAGGUAAUUCAUUUGCAAAUAGACUUUGCUUUUCCUUUUGAAAUUUGGCAGACAUUGUACGUUCGCGUAAAUGCAAAUGAAAACGGUUUGCAUUUGCGUUUGAAUUAUGUCACAAUUUUGACACGACAAAUAGAAAACGCAUUUGCAAAUGCAAUUUGCAUUUCCUUUUUAAUAGUAGCCUAUGCAAAAUAACUCCAUACUGUUCCAUCAUGCACAGGUAUUUUAGUUUCCUUUUUAGGUCAAGUUAGAACAAAGCAAAUAAGAUUGAAUUGAAUUGAAUCAAAUAAGAAAAAAAUAAGAGUUGUUUAUUAUUAUUUAAAGAAUUAAGUAUCAAUCUUUAUUCUAAUGUUUUUUUCCAACGAUUCCCACAUACAGCAAAUGGUUCAUAUCAGUCUAUAAGAUUUGUUUACAUGUGUCAUCGAGUUGUAAAUGACAGAUCAAUUUAAAUGAUUCGUUUCACCUCAUAUAAUGUCCGUUGUAAUGCAUUUGUAAUAAAUUCAUGCAGCUGUUUAUACUUCAUAUGUUGUUUGCUCAUCUGGAUUUAAUUUUAUACAUGUAUGUACGCAUGUACAUUUAGUUAAAUCGGGUUUCAAAACGUUUGGGAACCAAUGGUCUACAACACCAGAAUCGAAAGUAGGCUAUUGACGCUUUAAGAUCUGACAUUUGCGUGAGAAGGCGCUCGCUUCGUAGCUCUUCCUGAUAUAGCCCCGGAUUUAAUAAUGUUUUUCCGUCACAUUUUGACGAUAACUUGUAUCUCGUAUUUCAUCAGCAGCAGUGAAGUUAACCCUUUGAAUGUGAAAGUGACUACUGAUGCUGUUCUUGUCGUUGGACGGUCUGAUGUCAACCUGGCAACCUGCACAGCUUCCACAUCCCAGUCCCCAGCUGAGGUGUCAUGGAAUUUAGGCACUUUGUCGGAUUCUGUUAAAGAAGUAAAGAACACUGUUGAAAACCAGGACGAGAUGUACACAGUCUCAAGCAGUCUGAUCGGUGUCCCAACUGUAGCGAUGAAUCAGCUAAAUGUCCAAUGUGUGGCGAGACAUCAUUCCCUGAAAGAGGAACUGGCAAUUGAUCAUAAGAUGGUGGUGCAUUAUUCACCUCAGCUGGUCUAUAUUACACCUCUACUCAGUGGUGACGGGUUUCAAUGUGAGGCAGAUGCUAAUCCUAAAGCCAUGCUAUUCAGAUGGAAAAGGAUGAACCAGACCAUCCAUAACAAUGCAAUUAAAACAGAGGGCAAUAGAUUGUACUUCUUGAAACCAACAUCUGAUCUCAAUGGCCUGUAUAUCUGUGAAGCUUCUAAUGAGUAUGGCAUAGGAACUGGCUCACUCUACUGGCAGAAAGGAGGUUUCCAUUCUGAGCUUUGAGUCCCUCGUAUUAUUUGAAGAUUCAUCUCCCUUUAAAAAUAUUUGAAGUAGGUCUACUUCAAUGGUUUGUUAACACUCCCCACAAGAGAUUAAUGAAUUCAUAUGCUGUUCUAAGACUAUAAAAUGCUUUACAAAAUAUGAUAUCACAAAUUAUGUACAGCACAAUAACUAGUGAACACGAAGUUACUGGUAAUGUGUUAGUUCUCAGGCUUGAAUUAUGCCGCAUUUGUGCAAAACCUAUAGGGUCAUUAUCCCUGCAGCAUGAUUUGAAAAAUAAAUUCAUUUUGUAUGCUUCAACAGAGACACAAUUCAGCAAUAAUUUACACUUCCAUUUAGCUUUGCUAAAAUUUUUAAAACAUUUCUAAAAACUAAUUCUAAUGUGCGCAAUGACUUUUGGAGCCCUGUGUAUUUUAGAACUAUUCAAAAAUUGCUAUUUUCAAAUGUUUUUAAUUCCUGUUAGGUUGUACUAUUUAAUGUUAUAUUACUUUAAGCUUGUUUUUGUUGUUAUCAUAAUUUAUGAGCUGAAUCUCAAUAUUAAAGAAUGA